AACAGUGUGUGAAUUUGGUUUGAAUUUGGAUAUAUCCAAUUUGAAAAUUGUCGUUUAGAGAGCAAAAGCUUGGACUCAAGUGUGGCUGGUUCCUGUUUAUUUCUGGAAAAUUAUCAUGUCAUGAAAGACAUUGGACUUCAUUUGAACUUUGAAGUUGAACACUUUUUUAUUACUUCUUUAUGGGGGUUGUUGCUGUUGACUUUUUUAUAAUUUCUACUUUUUUGUUGUUGAGAGCUUUGCUUAGUUGCUAGCUUUUGCUAUCAUUCUUGCAAAGGGAGGUGUUGAAGUUUGUUCCACAUAUAUAACAGUUACAUCUGUGCUGUAUUAACAAUUGCUUGGUUGCAGCAAUUUUUGGGAUUGAACGGCUCAUACUAUCACUCUUUAGCAUGUUUGGAUCAAUCUUUCUUUUUCCUCAUAAUCAAUUCUGACAAAGAGAAGAAAACUCUUCUUUUAUCAUUUGGACAUUGGACGAGAUAAAAGAAGAUCAAUGGAUAUAUAUGAGCCAUUCCAGCAAGUUAGCAUGUGGGGGGACAGCUUUAAAGUUGAUGAGAGCUUGAAUUCAAUUGCUUCCCCAAUGUUACUGGUGAACAACACUAGCAUAGAGCCCAAGUCUGAAUAUAUUCUUCAUGGACCAAGGGAGCCUUCUGGAGCUGAUCAAGAGACUAAGAAUAAAGAUGUUAAGGUGGUAAAGCGUCUUGCUCAGAAUCGAGAGGCUGCUAGGAAAUGCCGGCUGCGGAAAAAGGCUUAUGUUCAACAAUUAGAAACAAGUCGAUUGAAGCUCAUGCAAUUAGAGCUGGAGAUUGUGAAAGCAAGAAAGCAGGGUAUGCACAUUGGCAAUGUAUUAGAUACCAGUUACAUGGGAUCACCAGAAACCAUCAACCCAGGGAUUGUUGCGUUUGAAAUCGAAUAUGGACAAUGGGUUGAAGAGCAACAUAGACGGAAUGAAGAACUUAGAACAGCAUUUCAGACUGAUGCAUCUGAAGUACAGCUCCGGCUACUUGUUCAGAGCAUCUUGAACCAUUACGCGAAUCUUUGCAGAAUGAAAGAAUAUGCUGCAAAAGCUGAUGUACUCUAUUUACUCUCCGGCAUGUGGAAAGCGUCAGUGGAGCGCAUCUUCCUUUGGAUUGGAGGAUCCCGCCCCUCGCAGCUUCUAAAUCUCAUUGUGCCACAACUUGAGCCUUUGACUGAUCAACAAAUUGCUAGCAUCAACAACCUUCGCCUAUCGUCUCAGCAAGCUGAAGAUGCUCUUUCACAAGGAUUGGAUAAACUCCAGCAGAGUCUCGUCCACGACAUGGCGGUUGACCCAUUGGUUGCAGGAAACUUUGGAAUCCAGAUGGCUAUUGCCAUUGAGAAAUUUGAGGCACUAGAAAAUUUUGUAAACCAGGCAGAUCACCUUCGGCAGCAAACUCUGCUGCACAUGUCGCGCAUCCUGUCGACUAACCAAGCUGUUCGAGGCUUGCUAGCUCUUGGAGAAUACUUUCAUCGUCUUCGUGCUCUUUGUUCUCGUUGGAAUGAACGUUCAUGUGACUCCAUGUCACCUAAGAUUGCUCCAUAGAGGAGAAGGCAGCAUGCUUCUACUUAAUGCUGCUAUUUAGUUUACAGAACAGAACAUAGGUGUAUGAAUGAAACUUAAUAUGUGUACCAUGAAGCAAAACUAUGUAAUUCGCUGCUCUUGAUGAGAGUAUGCUUGUACAUACUAUAUAAUGAGAAGGAGUUUAUUUUUGGUUUCGCA